AUUGAAGAUAAAUGUCAUAAUUCCAAUCUGUCAAGUUCCAAGUUUCAAGUGUCAACUCCAACUUGUCAACUGAUAAUUAUCGAUUGUCAAUGACAGGAACUCAAAUCAGUUCCUGAACAACUCAAUAAUUUAAUUAAAUGUUUUAACUUGUAAAUUAAAAAACGAACAAUGUUUGUAUACAAAGUAUUGCUAAUAAUAUCACUCACAUACUUCACAGUCUGCCAGGCGAAAUCAUAUGAAGAUAAAAGAUGUAAAUGCAUUUGCCCAAGUAUCGCAUCAGUUAUUAACACGACAACUCCAUCAAAUCCAUCGAACAAACGUAUGAACUUCAUUGAAAAUGUUCAACCAUCUGAGUGCAAUUGUGACGGAGUUGUGUUACCAAAAAUAAAAGACCAACUCAAUGGGCAAGAACUUAUUUUUUGUCCACGUUGUGAAUGUAAAUAUGAAAAUCGUAAUACAACAAUUAUCAAGAUAGUUGUCAUAAUAGUAAUAUGGGUAAUAUCAUUACUAGUAAUCUACAUGUUGUUUUUAAUCUGUCUGGAGCCAUUAUUAAAUAAACGUCUUAGGAAAAGUAACAGUGGCGCUGGUUAUCAGGAGCAUACUAAUGAAGACGACGAAGCGAUAGCAGCUAAUGCACCAGGUACAUCCCACCCGAUGGGCGUCCGGAGCAAUGUAUUAAAUCGCGUUGGUCACCAGCAAGACAAAUGGAAACGUCAGGUCCGCGAGCAACGUCGCAACAUCUACGACCGGCAUACGAUGCUUAAUUAA